UGGCGCAGGUGACACGCGUGACCGGUGACACGCGUGUGGUGGGCGGCCACGCCUGCGUCCCGCACUCGCAGCCCUGGCAGGUGGCCGUGCUGGACAUGUACAAACUCUACUGCGGCGGCGUCCUGGUGGCCCCGCGCUGGGUGGUGACAGCGGCGCACUGCACCACACCUGGGGUGACCACGGUGGCCCUGGGCAAGCACCGGCUGUACGCGCGCGAGGCGGGCGAGCAGCGCCGCAUGGUGGCCCGCAUGGUGGCCCACCCGGGCUACGACCCCUCCACCAAGGACAACGACAUCAUGCUGCUGAAGCUCCUGGCCCCCGCCGCCAUCUCCGAGCGCGUCCGGCCCGUCCCGGUGGCCUCGUGUCUCCCCCGGCCCGGCACCGCCUGCGUCACCUCGGGCUGGGGGGCCACCACCUCUCCCGAGG